AUGACCUCUCCACCUCACAGUACAGCGACAGAGCCUUCAUGGACUAUUGGACCUGCAGAACUGGAGAUGAGCGAAGCUCUGCACAUGCGAAAUGACAGCGUGUGGUUCGGCGAGAGUCCCUCGGCGUCCGCGGAGCCGGCAGUGAUCACUCAACGCCAGGCAUCUCACCUCCAUCCCCGCAUGUCCGUGUACAGCGCCACCCGACCCACUCUCUCUAGAUCCUACUUUCAAGGACGUGUAUAUAAUUUUUUGGAGAGACCAUCGGGUUGGAAAUGCUUUGUGUAUCAUUUUACAGUAUUCCUUAUUGUGCUUUUUUGCCUGAUCCUCAGUGUGCUGUCCACCAUUGAUGAGUAUCAAACACUGGCUAAUAAAACACUCUUCUGGGUGGAAUUAGUGUUGGUAGUGUUCUUUGGUGUGGAGUAUGCGGUACGUCUGUGGUCAGCUGGAUGCCGGAGUAAAUAUGUGGGAAUUCAGGGCAGGCUUCGCUUUGCCCGAAAGCCCAUUUCUGUUAUUGACCUGAUUGUGGUGGUGGCCUCCAUUAUUGUAUUGGCAUUUGGCUCUAAAGGUCAGGUAUUUGCCACCUCUACUGUCAGAGGAGUCCGCUUUCUUCAAAUCCUGCGAAUGCUGCAUGUGGAUCGACAGGGAGGAACCUGGCGGCUGCUUGGAUCGGUAGUCUUCAUUCAUCGGCAGGAACUGAUCACAACUCUUUAUAUCGGAUUCCUUGGGCUCAUCUUCUCUUCCUACUUCGUGUACCUGGCAGAGAAGGAUGCAGUGGAUGAUAGAGGUUUCACAGAGUUUAGCAGCUAUGCUGAUGCUCUGUGGUGGGGUGUGGUGACAGUAACCACUAUUGGCUACGGAGACAAGGUCCCUCAGACGUGGAUAGGGAAGACCAUUGCAUCAUGUUUCUCUGUCUUCGCCAUCUCCUUUUUUGCCCUCCCUGCUGGAAUCCUAGGCUCCGGUUUUGCUCUGAAGGUGCAGCAGAAACAGAGACAAAAACAUUUCAACAGGCAAAUUCCUGCAGCUGCAGGUCUGAUACAGGCAUCCUGGAGGUGUUUUGCCUUAGAGAACCGUGAUUCUGCCACCUAUAAGUUAUUUGUGAAAAGGAACAUGAGCAGCUCAGUGUCCAGCCCUAAAUUAAAGGUGAAGAUGAGGAAGAAAAUGAAGAGUUAUGACAGGGAUGAUGGAUUGAGUUCUCCCACCAUACCUUCCAUAACCUAUGACUCCUUAGAUGAUGAGAAAGACGGUGGACCAGAUACAGUGUGCAGUAUUCAACAGUCAGGUAUUACCAAAGGGGCAAACACACACAGAAGAUGUGAGCGGGUGCCAUCCUGGAACUCUCUAUCCUCUUUCCAGUUCUCUACACCACCAGGGAGAAAGCCUGGGAUUUUGGAAGUGCAGCCUCGGCCCACGCUCCAGAGGAGCAGCAGCAUCGCAGAUGAUAUGGAAACCGAGCCGGAGCGAGAGAUUUCGCUCGUUCCAGUCACUCAUGUGUCUCAGUUGCGGGAUUCCCACCGAGCUGCCAUUCGUGUGAUCCAGAGAAUGUUCUACUUUGUGGCCAAAAAGAAGUUUCAGCAAGCACGUAAGCCGUAUGAUGUGAGGGAUGUCAUUGAGCAGUAUUCACAGGGUCAUCUCAACGUCAUGGUGCGCAUCAAGGAGCUACAGAGAAGACUGGAUCAGUCCUUAGGGAAGCUGUCCCUCUUCCAGACAAGUUCAGAGCGCAUGAAAGACAAAGGCAUACACACUAUUGGCUCCAGACUCAACAGGAUGGAAGAGAAGAUCACACACAUGGACAGAACACUGAACAGCAUCGCAGAAUCUCUCAACCUCAUGUUGGCAAGGGAGAGACGGGGAGAUCUGGCCAGAGGGAAGGAACUGCGCAGCAGCUUCCACCGCCAAUCAGCCACCUUCAGCCUUUCAGUGCCGAGCAGACAGGACAGCCUGACCAGCUCUGAGCAACUGUCCACACCAACUGUUAUUCAUGAGGACAGCUGA